CCGAGGUGAGCAGGUGACUUGAGGCCAGGAGGUUGAGACCAGCCUGGCCAACAUGAUGAGACCCCCGUCUCUACUAAAAAUACAAAAAUUAGCCAGGAAUGGUGGCACACACCUGUAAUCCCAGCGGCUAGGGAGACUGAGGAAAGGGUAUUGCUUGAACCCAGGAGGCAGAGGUUGCAGUGAGCUGAGAUCACGCCACUGCACUCCAGCCUGGGUGACACAGCAUGACUCCAUCUCAGAAAGAAAAAAAAAGAGAGAAAGAAAACACAACUUCUCUUCUCAGUCUUACCCAGGGAGGAAAAAAAAAAGAAAACACAACUCCAAGGUCCAACAAUUAGUAUUUUUCUUCCUUCCCUAACACACAACAUAAUCUCUUCAAAACAGAUGGAACCCAUGUUCCAAUAUCUACCUUUGACAUCUUUUUCAAAGUAUUUCUAGGGUGACAGUUGGGAGCAAAUGGGAAAAAGUGUAUCUGGACACAAGCUCUUUUUUCCACUGGGCUUUGAGAAAAUCCCCAUCUUGCAUGCUCCCAGUGUAUCUCUCACUGAUAAGUUCCUCAUAAAACCAGGGCCUUCUCCAGGGCCACGCUGACAGAACUCCCACGGACACACCAUGAUUAGGACCCUGCUGCUGUCUGCUUUGGUGGCUGGAGCCCUCAGUUGUGGGGUCCCCACUUACCCGCCUUCUGUGACUAGGGUGGUUGGAGGUGAAGAAGCGACGCCUAACAGCUGGCCCUGGCAGGUCUCCCUGCAAUACACCUCCAAUGGCAAUUGGUACCACACCUGCGGAGGGUCCCUGGUAGCCAACAACUGGGUCCUGACAGCUGCCCACUGCAUCAGCUCCUCCAGGACCUACCGCGUGGUGCUGGGACGGCACAACCUCGACAUUGCGGAGUCCGGCUCGCUGGCCGUCAGUGUCUCUAAGACUGUGGUGCACCAGAACUGGAACUCCAACCAGGUCUCCAAAGGGUACAACAUUGCCCUGGUCAAACUGGCUAACCCUGUCUCCCUCACGGACAAGAUCCAGCUGGCCUGCCUCCCUCCUGCUGGCACCAUUCUACCCAACAAGUACCCCUGCUACGUCACGGGCUGGGGAAGGCUGCAGACCAACGGGACUCUUCCUGAUGUCCUGCAGCAGUGCCGGUUGCUGGUUGUGGACUGUGCCAAUUGCUCCAGCUCUGGCUGGUGGGGCAGGACCAUGAAAACCAGUAUGAUCUGUGCUGAGGGUGAUGGCGUGAUCUCCAGCUGCAACGGAGACUCCGGCGGGCCACUGAACUGUCAGGCAGCUGACGGCCAGUGGGAGGUGCAUGGCAUCAGCAGCUUCACCUACAACUACUGCCACAAGCUCUCCAUCUUCACACGGGUCUCCAGUUACAUCGACUGGAUCAAUUCGGUGAUUGCAAAUAACUAA